AUGGGCGACCACUCCGACUCCGAUUCCUCCCCCAAGUCCUCCUCCUCCUCGUCCUCCCCCACCGCCCGCCGCCGUUCCUCGCCGCAGCGCGGCCGGUCCCACUCUGACGAGAGCGGCAGCAGCGACGGCGUCCUCGUCGAGCUUCCUGCCCAGGAAGCGCGGAGCCCCGGGGCCGACCCUGACGGCGGCGUCCUCGUCAACAUGCCCGCUGACGACGCCACCAGCGGCGAGACCUUCGAGGACGCACCCGACGAUCUCGCGGCCGCGGGCUCGCGCUCCGCGCUCUCGCUGGACGAGUCCAUGGCCGUCAUCGACUUCCCUGAGGUGUCCAGCACCAGCGCCGAGCUCCGCAAGUACCAGGAAGAGAAGGAGGUGUUUGCGCGGGAGGCAGUGGCACUCCGGAGGUUGCUACAGGAGAUGGUGGGGCAGGAAGCUUCAGUUGCGUUGCAUGGAGAGGACGCUGAUGAGACACUGUUUCAUUCGAUGCUGGACGACUGCUCGAGGCUUGUGCUUGAACUUAACUCGGUGGCACGGGCCAGGGAGCAGGAGAUUGAGAGCCUACAUGCAAGGGCUGCAGAGGCAGAGGUAUCAAGGGAGGUUGCUAAUGCAUACCUGGGUUCGUGGGGGGAAGGGUCUGAGCAAGCUGUUGGGCGGAUGCUUGCAUCAAUUGAUGCUGUGGUUGGGCAAGAUGAUGCCAGCUUUGAGGGUGCUGACCAGGAUGGGAUUUCUGUUCUGGAAAGGAAGACUUCAUUGCUAGUGGAGAGGUACAGGCAGGUCUCGAUGGGUAUUGAACAGCUUGAGCAAAUUUUAGCUGAGGUGAAGCCUGGUUUCGUGGCCACAGGGCACGGUGACCUUUCUACCACCUUAAGUAUUCUUGCAGAUGAAUUGGUCGGUAGCAAGAGAAAUGAGGUGGAUUUACUGCAGAAGAUGAAUGCUUUUGCUGAAGAGAAGAAGGCUCUUUCUGAUGAACUUGAGGAAGUGAAAGCUGCUAGGAAUGCAGCGAAUGCUGAGGCAAGCAAAGCAAAGGCAGAGUCUGAGCAGAUGGAGCAUAAGUUAUCAACGACUAAGGAGAAGCUCAGCAUGGCUGUUACGAAGGGCAAGUCACUGGUGCAACACCGUGAUUCCUUGAAGCAGGCCUUGGCUGAAAAGACGGGUGAGCUUCAGAGUUGCAUGGCAGAGUUGCAAAAGAAGUCUGAUGCCCUGCAAGCAGCUGAGAGCAGGGUUGAGGAGCUAAGGGCUUCCCUUUCACUAAAGGAUGGGGUUCUUGAAUGCAUUGAAGAGAUCAUGUCAGAGGCAACAUUUCCAGAAGAUCUUCUUUCCUUGGAGAUGACAGACAGGUUGGGAUGGUUAGUUGAGCAGAAGAAAAUUGCCGAUAUGAUCUUCUCAGAGCACCACAAAGUUAAAGAAAUCUUGAGCUCAGUUGACAUUCCAAAUUCGGUCCUAGCCGCUGAACUUGAUUCCCAGAUCAGUUGGCUUGCCAGCUCACUGAACCAGGCCAAAGAUGAUGCGGUCCGGUUGCAUGAUGAGUCUGCUGAAAUGUUGGCUAGACUGGCUGCACAUGAAUCAAAGUUGGUUUCAAUGCAUGAGGAAAUUGGCCGUUUGACAAUUAUUCUGCUGGAAGAGAAACAGGAAAAGGAUAUUCUUGUAAAUGAACAUUCUGAAUUGAUGUCCCUAUACACCGCUGCUGUUAAUAAGUUGGCCCUUGUCUCAUCACAAAAUAAUGAGCUGCUAAAGGCAUUUGCUGAAAUUUCUGAUGUCACAUUGGAGGGUAGUGAGCCUAUGGAUAUUGGCGAAUUGGUACAGCAGGGCCUCAGAAACAUCCAACAAAGAACAAAAUCUUCUCCUAUCGAGAAUGACAGUUUUGAGAAGCUACAGGCAUUACUAUAUACCCUAGAUCAGGAAUCAACACUAUGUAAGAUGAUUCUCGAGGAAGACAUGAUUGACAGAUCUGAGAGGACUGGUGAACUGCAAAGAAUGGUCGAGGAGAUUCUUGUUCUGAAAAAUGAGAAGGUGUCACUGCAGAAGGAGCUCGAACGGGUGGAGGAGAGAUCAGCAUUGCUUAGAGAGAAGCUGUCAAUGGCUGUAAAGAAGGGCAAGGGUCUGGUACAUGAGCGCGAAGGACUCAAGCAAGCCCUCGACGAGAAGAGCUCUGAAAUAGAGAAUUUGAAACAAGUUUUGGAAGGGAAGAGCUCUGAGAUAGAGAAGCUAAAGCAUGCUCUGGAUGAAAAUAAGUCUGUAACAGACAAUAUGAAGCAAGUUUUGGAUGGGAAAAACUCUGAGAUUGAAAGGCUUAAACAUGCUCUGGAUGAUAGUUGUGUGAAAACAGAAAACCUAAACCAAGCUUUUGUUGAGAAAACCUCCGAAGCAGAUAAAAUAAAACGAGAACUGGAUGGAAAGAACAUGGAUAUUGAGAAUCUAAGACGUGAGAUAGAGUCAAGAGAAUCUGCCAUGACAGAUCUCAGAGAGCACAUUGAGCAUCUAUCGUUGCAGGCUGCACAUUUGGAAAAGCUGCAAGUAGAUAUUGUUAGCCUUAAUGAUGAAAAGGUGAAAUUAGAAAGCAUGUUGGAAGAAGCCAGAGCUUCCUGGGGCACUCUUGCUGAUUCAAUAUCAAGCCUUACUCUUCCAAUUGAUCAGCCUUUUGAGGAGCCUAUGGAAAAGUUUAGCCAGAUUGCCCAAUAUGUCCAGGAAUCUCAAGUUGCUAAGAGUUCUCUUGAAAAUGAGCUACACAAAGCAAAUGAGCAAAUUACCUUACAUGCAAGCAGGCAUUCUGACACCCUUUCCACGAUAAACAUGUUGGAAGAUGAGUUGAGUAAACUAAAAGAUCAUAUUUUUUCCAUUUCUGAAGAAAAAUGUCAAAUACAGUUACAUACUAAUGCUGUACAGGAGGAGUUGGAGAAAACAAAUGAGGAACUGGCAAUCAAUUUCAGGAAUCUUGAAGAUGCCAACACCACUAUUAAUUCACUACAAGAUGCACUAUCACAGGCUAGAUCAAAUAUUUCUAUUCUUGAUGCUGAAAGGAAUAAAGCUGAAGCUAAAUAUGAAACAGAAAUCAAUGCUCUUAAUGCUAAGCUAACCAAAUGUUUGGAGGAGUUGGAUAAAACUCACGGGCACUUACAAAGUCAUUCAACAGAACAUCAUGGUUACCUUGAGAAGCUUGGCAUGCUUAUAAUGGAUGAUAGUCUCUUGUCUCUGAUAGCUGAAGAAUAUGGAAAGACAAUCAGCAGCUUGAGAGAUAUGUGCCUUAUAGUCAAGAGUAUGCAUGAGCAGCUUUCUGUGAAGGGUUUUCAGAAUGAUCCAAUUGUGGAGGAUUCAGAACUCUCAACACUUUUAUCUCUUCCGGACUAUGAUAACUUUGUUAGAGAAAGAUUGGUCAACAACCAAACUAGAAAAGGGAGUAUUGAUGACACUUCAUCCUUCUCUACUAUUGUUGAACAGUUGAGCAACCAAGCUGAAUACUUUUCUAGUUUUUUAAAAGAUUUGUCAACCUACAUGAAUAGCAAUAUUGUUGUGGUGCUUCAUUCUCUGCAACUAGUGAGCAACACCUUUGCUCAUACUCUAGAAGAGCAUGCCAUGUUAAAGAUUGAAUUGGGGAACAAGGAUGCUCAUAACAGAGCUCAAGAAUCUGAAGUGCUUUCUCUACAAAAAGAGCUGAGAGCAAUGUCAUCAAAAUGUAUUUAUUGCAUCCAACAAAUUGAAAUUGUUUUUGAUGAUAUGGUUGAUCUUGGAUAUGCAAUAGACUUGGCUACAGGCAGCUCAAGCAUAGGGUCUGAACUAGAAGUAACUGUGUCUGAUCUGAAUAAUGAGGAUACCAGUGAUUAUAAUAAGGUGGCUGAUACUUUGCUUGCUACGAUUGACACACUUAAGUCCAAGUCUGAAAAAUUAUUUGCCAUUAAGGGGCUUGUGAUAACUUCAUUGGAUGACUUCAAAAUGAGGCUGAAACAAGCUGAAUCAGCUGCUGAAACUGCUUCACAUGAGCAUCAGUUGUCUGUUGAAAGGGUAUGCAUGCUGGAGAAAGAACUCAAAAUAUUACAGGAUGAAUGCAACAGAAUGGAGCUAAAUAUGCAAGAAUAUAAGGAAAGGGAGGGUGCAUUGAAGGCAAGGGAGUUAGAGUUGCUAUCAGUUGAGCACACUCAAAUUUCAGCAGACAGAGGUAUAACUGACAAUGCAAUUUCAAAAGAUCAAAUGGAAGCCCUUGUUGAGAAGAUAAGUAAGUUAAAUAUGCUGUCAGGCGAGUCAAAUGUACAGAGGGAAGAGGCUACAUUCUCUAGUCCGCUUGACAAACUUUUUGUUGUCAUUGAUGAAUUCAGUGCACUUCAACGUGAGGUUGAGACCUUAAGAUAUGAAAAUGAAGAUUUACAGUUAAAUAUUGAAUCCUAUACUCGUGAAAUUGAACAGCUAAGAGAGGUCUCCAGAAAUAGUGAUCUAAUUAAUGGGGAGCUGGAAUCCAAAGGAAGUGAACUUCUUGAGGUAACCGUUAGUAUGGAGCGAAUGAUUCAGCGGUUAGGAUAUCUUGGAGGAAAAGAUGUACUAGAAGAUAACAAACCUGCUACCACACAAGCUCUCUUAUCGAAGCUGGAAAAACUAAUAAUUGCUUCAAGUACUGAAGCUGGGAAUGCUAAAUCCAUGACACAGGAGCUGGGAGCAAAGUUGCAGUCAAGGGAAAAGGCAGUUGAUGAGCUAUCAACAAAAGUUAAGAUGCUUGAGGAUUUGUACCAUGCGCGACUUGCUCAGCCAGAAGCUAGUAAAGACAGAUCAUUUGAAGCAUCUUCCUCAACAAUUGGUUCAGAUAUAUCUGAGAUUGAAGAUGCGGGACCAGUGGGCAAGGCAUCAGUUUCAUCUGUCUCUACAGCUGCACAUGCUAGAACAAUGCGGAAGGGGUCGUCGGAUCAUCUUGUUCUCAACAUUGGUUCAGAGUCAGAACGAUUAAUUGCUGCGCAGGAUUCAGAUGACAAGGGUAUCACAGCCUUCUUCUUUUGUGCUUUUGUUUUUGUGCGGAACAAGGAGGAGGGGGGGUAG